AAAACAAACCUGCAGCUUUAUUUCACCUGAGAACUCGUCAGCUGAUCAAAGACUCUUCAGUAAAUCAGCUGCUACUGUCCUCUGACUGCUGUCCUCUGACUGCUGUGAAGAAGAAAUCAACAGGCAGACAUGUUGCCGUUGUUGUUGCUGCUGAUUCUCCCUUCAGCCAGACCUCUGGACCUGGAGAGGAACCAACCGCCAGAUGAAAACUUUCCUUCCAGCAACGCAGAUUCGUCGGGUGAUGUUCCUAAAAUCAUGUCCAUCUCAAUAAUCCGGCGUGUUCUGCCUCCAGCUCCGUUCAGUCAGGAAAUCCCAGUUAACUCGACGCUCCCAGAGGUCGGUAAUACAGGCAAACUGCGAUGGGCAAAAUGGGAGGGUUCCCUUCCUAAUGGAGCCGUUUCCAUUUACAACAGCUACACUGAUCGCAUCGACUUCAUCUGCAAAGUCGGAUGUCAUUCUGGUUUUCACAACCCCAGCAUGGGUUCCUACUGCCACUACCCAAAUAAAAAGGAAGAGCAUCGUUCCUCCGGCUUUCAAGUCCUUGUGAAUGAAGACAAUUUUGAGAUCCUGGAGUGGAAGGAAGGUUCUUAUGGUUCUGUUCCUCAGGAUGCAGUCAGAACCUGCUCCAGUGAGGAAAUGUAUGUAGGGAAGAACGAGUACGGGUUGGGGAAGGUUGAUGUGAAAAAUACAGCCUUUUUUCUCCCCUGGGAGGGGAAGGAAUAUCGGUACAAGAAGUAUGAGGUUCUGACCCAGAUGAAGCCUGACAAAGAUCUCAUCUCUGAUGUCACUUAUCACAUAGAUCAAGCUAAAAUUUUGAAAUAUCCUCCAAAAACCCUCCAAAGCUCUACUACUACCAACCGUGCCCUCAGUCCUGUGACCAAAACCGUUUCUCUGACUAAGACAACCACAGAUGAGAGACGGUGGGACAUCAGCUCCUCCAUCACCGUCGGUGUGAAAACGUCCAUCACUGCAGGAAUUCCUGGCAUUGUGGGUGGAAAUAUUGAAAUCAGUGCAGAGACGACUCACACGUUCUCAGGUGGACAUACCUGGUCAGAACAGGUCUCCCACUCUGUCUCUAUAGAGCUUACCGUACCACCAAACCACAGCUGCACAGUGAAGAUGGUUGGUUAUCAGUACAGAAUGGACGUUCCCUUCACCGCCCGCAUCAAGCGAACCUAUGAAGACAGAGAGAUCAAAUCCACUAUGAUCUCUGGAACGUAUCACGGAGUCCAAGUUGGAGAAAUUAGGGUUGAGGUGGAAAAAUGCAAACCUUUGUCCUGUUCUUCAGCCUCUUCAGACAAAAUACAGGAAGGAAACUGAAAAACUAUAACGUACAGCUAGUGCUUCUUUGCCAGGCAUUUGAUUUAGAGCUUCAGCUUCAUUUAUGCUUUUUAAUUCAGACUCUAUAAAUGUAAUCAGUAGGAGUGUAACUGUCUUCCAGAAUAUCUCUGUUACAUUUCAGACCUUUUGGUUUGAUAAGUUGUCAUCACCAAAAUACUUUUCAACAGUGAUAAUUUACCUGUUGGGCUCUGAACUUUUUUCUCUCCUCAAUCAUAUUAAAAGUCCUGUAAACAUCACCAGUACAGAGACAAACGGGGAGAAAAGCUGCAACCAAAACACCCUGGAAGCCUUUCUAGCAGCAGGAACUGGAGGCGUUUUCACCACUGGUGCAAACUAACUAACUAACUGCUGAGUUAGUUUGUUAGCCUGUUAGUACAAUUUGUCAACUUUUCUGCCUAAAUUAUCAAAACAACUCCAGACUUAUUAAAUCAGAUUUGAUAUAUGUUUGUAUGACGUACUGUAAGUGAUUUUUAUGAAGAACAUGAAAUAUUUUAACAAUCAUUAAAUUUAAAGUUCAUUCAGAUCCAGAUGAUUCAUUAUGAUCCAUUCUAUGUAAUUUUU